AUGAACGAAGAACCACCGUCAUCUCCUGGACAAGGGAAUGCUGAUUCCCACCCCGAACCAAAUUCAACCAAACGACACGGCUGGCAAUUUUGGGCCAUUUUCCCGGGCUUGUGUCUUGCAUCUGUAUUGUGUGCACUCGAUUCUACAAUCUUAUCAACCGCUUUACCUACAAUUACCUCCAAUUUGAAUUCUUCAUCAAGCUACGUUUGGGUCAUUAAUGCUUAUACAGUCACCUUCACUGCAAUACAGCCAUUUUAUGGACAAUUUGCUGAUAUUUUUGGACGAAAAGUGCCACUAUUAUUAGGCUUCAUGGCUCUACCUUUAUACAUGCCCUUCGAGAACUCACCAUUCUCAGCCAUACCAAUGGUUCCAUUUGGCAUUCUAGGCGGAUUUUGGAUUGCUAAAGUUGGAUAUUAUCGACUAAACCAAGUUCUAGGGUUUGCACUUGCUACGGUUGCCAUUGGAUGCUUUAGCAAUCUGGAUCAGAAUUCUUCUACAGCCGUUUGGGUCAUACUGCAGAGAGUUUUCGCAGCCGGUGCUGGAAUUGUGCUUACAGCUACAUUACCUGCAAUACAAGCACCGCUCCUAGAAUCCGACGUCGCGACCGCCACCGCAAUAUGGGGAUUUGUUCAAAGUUUGGGGUUUGUUUGCGGUGUUGCCUUACCUUCCAGUAUCUUCGAAGCGAAGUUUAGAAGUAUGAUUUACACCAUUGAUGGUGAUAGUUUGAGGCGAGUGUUGCAAGCUAGAGGUGCUUACGAGCAUGCUUUGAAGGUAUUCAUCACAUCUCUAUCAAAGGAGUUGCAAAUGCAGAUUGUGACACUGUUCGUGGUUAGCUUGAAGCUUGUGUGGGAGGUUGGAUUGGCAUUUGCUAUCUUUGGAUUAUUCUCGUCUUUUUUUGUGCAGGAUAUUGAGGUAGAGUAA